UGACUCUCGGGCGCCUGAAACCCGACUCCCGCACGGGGCAGAGCUGCGCGCUCCCGCUCCCGCAGACACGGCCGGGCACGCGCAUGCCGAGUGACAGCCCCGCGCGGUAGCACGAGGGACGGCGGCGCGGCGCGUGGCGAAGCGAGCGAUUUUUGAAGACUCGUCGUGCGGAGCGAACGGAACCGGUGGCGGCGCGCGCCACGUGAACGGGCCGAGGCACGCGACGCGGGCGGGACGGAGAGGAGAAGAGUUAAACUAAGCGCCCGCGCGUUUCUGAAGUUGGGCGAUGAGGAGCAGGAGCAGCGGCAGCGGGAGGCAACAAAUCAACAAGAAGAAGAAGCAACAGCGGCAGCGGCAGCAGCAGCAGGACUCGGAAGAAGAGAGGCGCGCGCGCCACCCAUGGAGAGCCUCGCGCCGCCGAGCCCCCCCGAGAGCCCCGUCGGGAGCCCUACCGCCGGGAGCCCCCCCGGCCGCGGCGCCCAGCAGCACCACCAGCAGCAGCACCAGCAGCAGCAGCAGCACCAACUCCCCCCGGACGACGUGCGCCGCAGCGGAUACCUCCGCAAACACAAGUCGGCGCACCGGCGCUUCUUCGUGCUGCGCGCGGCCUCGGAGCGCGGUCCCGCGCGCCUCGAGUGCUACGACAGCGAGAAGAAGUUCCGCGGCAAGCCGGCGCCAGUGCCCAAGAAGAGCGUGAACCUCGAGACGUGUUUCAACAUCAACAAGCGCGCGGACUCGCGCCACCGCCACAUGAUCGUGCUGUACACGCGCGCCGAGAGCUUCGCCGUGGCGGCCGAGAGCGGAGCGGAGCAGGACGAGUGGUACCGGGCCAUGGUGGAGCUGCAGUGCCGCGGUAAAGCCCCCGGGGACGGCUGCAGGGGCGGAGACUACGGAGCGCCCUCCCCCGGCCCCGCCUUCAAGGAGGUGUGGCAGGUAAAGGUGUGGCCCAAGGGACUGGGUCAGGCCAAGAAUCUGGUGGGCACCUACCGGCUGUGCCUCACCGACAAGACGGUGAACUUCGUGAAGCUCAACUCGGACGCGGCGGCCGUCGUGCUGCAGCUCAUGAACGUGCGCCGCUGCGGCCACUCGGAGAACUUCUUCUUCGUGGAGGUCGGCCGCUCGGCCAUCACGGGCCCCGGAGAGUUCUGGAUGCAGGUCGAGGACUCGGUGGUGGCGCAGAACAUGCAUGAGACGCUGCUGGAGGCCAUGAAGGCGCUGAGCGAGGAGUUUCGCCAGCGCAGCAAGUCGCAGUCGGCUGCUGCCGGUGGGGGAGCCGCCACCUCCACCCCGAUUGGCGUCCCGUCGCGGCGUCUGCACCCGAACCCGCCGCCCAGCCAAGUGGGCUUCCUCCGCCGGGCACGCGCAGAGCCCCCGGCCUCAACGGGCGGUAGCGGUGGCGGUGAUGCCGGCGCCUCCUCCGCACCCCGCCACGGCACCGCCGGCAUGCGCGCGACUAGCGACGGGUCCGAGGAGAGCGGCGCGGUGGCCGAGGCUACAGGGCCCCCUUCCUGUUCCGGCACGCCUGUGCUCAGGUGUCGGUCGGUGCGCGGCCCUUCCCCCGCCAAGACCCCGCAUGGGCUCACGCGCUCCAUGUCCACGCCGGCGCCGCCCGCCGGCCCCAGCCUGAGCUCCGGUCAGACUUCCGAGCCCGCAGGGGGCGCCAGCAGCACCUUGGUCUCGGGUUCACCCAGCGACUGCGGCUCCUCGGACGAGUGCGGCUCCAGCCCCGGCGAGCACUGCCCGGGCGAAGACGCCUCCAGCUACAUCCUGAUGGGUCAGCAGGCGGCGAAAGGGGGCCACGGGGUGCUGAGGCGCUCUUCCAGCCGGGAUAGCAAGAGGGCCUCCCUGCCCCCGAUGGCGCUGGAGCGCAUGGCCCCACGGCGCCGUCCCGAGGAGGACGCCCAGGAGGACUAUGCUGUCAUGUCCCGCAGCGCCAGCCGCGAGUCCUUCACCGCACGGGACAAAGAGGAGGUGACGGAGGGACCGGGAGGUGGCGCUGGCGCCGGGGCAGCGAUGGAUAACGGUUACAUGGCCAUGUUGCCCGGGGUGACGGCGGCGUCCCCCACGUCUCCCUCACCGUCCCUUUCGGUGUCCAUCUCCGACUCCACCUCCAAAGCCGGUGACGACUACAUGGCCAUGACCCCCAGCAGCAGUGUUUCUCCCCCGCGGCACAUCCGCGCCCCCCCCGCCGCCUCCGACGGCUACAUGAUGAUGUCGCCCCAUAGCAGCUGCUCCCCGGUAGGCGUGGCCUGGCCGGGCAGCGACUACAUGAACAUGUCCCCCAUCGGUGCCCGCUCUGCCAGCAGCACCCCCCCACCCCACCUCGACCCCCUGGCACAGCAGCCCCCCCCGAAGACAGUGUGUUCGUACUACUCGCUGCCGCGCUCCUACAAGCACUCGCCGAGGGGCCCCUUCGAGGAGGACGGGCGGCUGGUCGUCAGGGGUAACUCGGGGGGGUUCUCGUCCUUCUCCUCCAGCAGCGACAGUGCGGGGGAAGCCGCGGAAAGGGAGGGGGGAGGGGCCAUCCAGCGUGGACAGGAGCGCGGCCCACAGAAGCAGGUCCACCAGAAGAGGAGCCGUCCCGUGAGCCUGUUCAUCGACGUGUCCAAAGCCAACACCUUGCCCCGGGUUCGAGAGGCCCCCUGCGCCGCUGAGCCCAAGAGCCCCGGGGAGUACGUGAGCAUCGAGUUCCGCAGAGAGGGGAGGGGCGGCCCCGGGCCCCUGCGGAGACCCAUCUCGUGCGUGGCCUCAGAAUAUGUCAACAUGGACUUGGGCGGGUCCCCGUCCCCCUCGCCGCUCUCCCUGACCCCCCUGGGGUUCCCCCUGUUCCCCGCCCCCCCUACCCCCCCGCCAGCAGCCCCGAAAGCCAGCAAAGAGCAGGAGGGGCCCGUGGAAGAGGAGGAGGGCCCCUGUGGGGGUCACAGGAGGCCCAGGCAGGCGUCGCGGUGCCAGUCGCCGGCGCUGUUUGCCGACUACACAGAGAUGGUCUUUGGGCCGAGCGAAAGUGGAGCCCUGGGUUCCGGUGCGACGCCCACAGCUCCGUCUCCGGGGAAAUCCGACAUGCUGGGCCCGGGGCGCCGCCUGGCACUGGAGUUGGACUUUCCUCUGGCUGGAGCCGGGGCCAACGCGGACCAAGGGGCCAAGGUAAUCUGCGCAGACCCGCAGGGUCGACGGCGCCACUGUUCCGAGACCUUCCAGGCCCCGCCCGCUGCACCCUCCUCCUCCUCCUCCUCCUCCUCAUCCCCUUUCCCCGAGAAUGCGCAGGUGGCGGCGUGUCGCUUUGGCUUCGGGCUGGCGGCCGAGGGCACAUGUCAGGCUCCCGACGCCAGGACCCCUCCCGUCAGCAGUGCUGAACAGGGCCUCAACUACAUCGACCUGGACCUGGCGAACAAGGAGGGCUCCCGCUCCACCGUCGAGGCGUCCGCGGCCUCUCAGACCACCCCCCCACGGCUCUUCUGCGCACUGAACCCUGGCGGCGUAGGUGGGGUGCCGGCACCAGCGGCAGGAGGGGGGAGCGGCAGCAGCCCCUCCGGCCUGAAUGCCUACGCCAGCAUCGACUUCUACAGGUCGGAGGAGCUGCGCGCACACCAGGGCGGAGCCAAAGGCGGCACAGAGUGCUGACAGUCCCUCCCUUGGCAAGGAAUUGUGGGUAACCGGGGUUUCGAGGAACGUCGGUCCGCGAACGGCCGCCUGGGUUCCGGCACGACGAGGACUUUGGAGCUCGGAAGCUCGGGGGACGCUGGGAGUUGGACGUGUCCCACGUGGACUGUGUGCCACGAGGUGUUCGGCCAAUCGGAUCAUGUGACCAGGAGCUGCUGAGCCAUCCGAUUGGAAGACGGGAGGCGUGGAACCGUGGGGGGAACAAGACGGUUGAAUGGACAGUUUAGACUUGGUGCGUGCGUGCGUGCGUGCGUGCGUGCGUGCGUGCGUGCGCGCGAGAGAGAGAGAGUGAGAGAACUCUGCGUACAAUCGCUGAAGAAGUGCCUCUAGCAGGAAGAGGCUUUUUGAUUCAUGACCCGGUAAAACAGAGUAUUUGUACUCUGCUACGGUGCGAAGACGGUGAGAGCCGAUGACGAGUGCGAAGAGCUUCGGCUGAAAGGUCUCACUGUGUGUGACGAGUUCAGGAACACUUGGCUCACUGUGUGUGUGUGUGUGUGUGUGUGUGUGUGUGUGCGCGCGCGUGCACGCAUGCACCUCCUGGGUGAACGCUGUCCACCACCAGCUGCCCCCCCCACACACACACACUUGGUGCAAAAUAGCUAUGCUGAAGCACACGCUGCCUUAGGACACACUGGGCCGUCUUAACACCCCCACACACACACACACACACACACUCACACUUAAUGCUUGCCUUACUAUGCUAACACACACACUUACCAUGCUAACACCCCCUCACCCCCACUUAGCUCAUUGGCAGCCGUGCGAACGUGCGCACGCACACACACACCCCAGGUGCAGUGUGUUGUUGCCCUCCUCGAACCCCCACCUGGGAGGGCAGGGUGCGACCAGCACCGAAGGGUCCUGCCAGGGGGAGAUUGGUUCUGAACCCGCUGUGGCUCAUUCAAGUGCAGUGUGAGGCGGGUGGGUUUCUUCAGGUGUGUGUGAGGGACCUGCUGCGCUGCUGCUUAGAGCCUCUGGACACGCCCCUUCGGCUGGUCCCGCUGUCCCCGCUCCGCUGUGCUGCACGGACAGAAACGCCCAAGUGCCUGAGUGUCGGUCGUCUCCGGUGCCCCAAAACCGGUGAUGCGCUCAGCCGCCACCGGGGGGCGUCGUCCGCCAUGAGGAGCCUUUCCCUUUCGUCUUUUCCCUUGGGCGACGACGUCGAGCGGAGCUGCUCCCGGACGCUCGGACACGGGUCCCGGGUGCUCGGGACUCGCCGGAGCCCACGGGGGGCGCCGUCCUACAUUAAAUGGGCGGUUUGGGGAAAAGUGUCUCUCUCCGUUUCUUUGUGUGUUUGCGCGUCGGAGGGCUGGGGCUCGUCGCUGAGGGCGCGCUGCCACACCAGUGCAUUGUGGGUAAUGGCCGAGCGCUAAUGUUCCGGGAGCCGCGCUUUUAGCCUUAACGUAAGGAGGCCGUCGCCUCGGUCGCUCCGCCGCGGAAAGGCCCGGCGAGCUGUGCUAGUGGACGAGCGCGCGAACCGGCGUGAGGGGGGGGGAGCCCCGCUCUCUCGCUCCCAAACGCCCUUCGCUCCUUCUGCUCUCCCAAGCGCCAAAGAGGAGGCGAACUUGUCGCUCGGAGCCCUUCGCACUUUCCCAGCCGUGCCUCUGGGGAGCAGCUCUCGCACGCUGAGCGUACAACUCGUGUUUCGUGCCGCUAAACGCUGCACCGCCUCCUGCGGCAGAGAGAAUGGGUGGAAAUCUCGGGCUUUGCGGCCGUCCAAUCGGCACGGAGCGCACACUGACCGACCAAUGAGGACGGAGCGCUGUGGGGUGGCCGGCCAAUCGGAAGAGAGCCGCUAACCGACGGCCCGUUUGCGUCGAGCUGUUCCGGUUCUCGGUGUUUUACUUUGGCGCCGCAGGAGAGACCGAGCUUUACACUUUUUACACUUUUCUACUUCCUGCUGCUUUUGUUGGAGUCGAGCAGAAAUCUGUGAAAACGGAGCUGGACUGAUGACCUCCGACCCCUGGUGACACUUUCCCUUUUGGCGUCGAUCCUGCAGCGCGUGAGUUCACACGCGCGGCGGGGGGGGGCUGCGCUCCAACAGGAAGUCCUCUGUCUUUAUUGCUUCCCUGCUGGCACGAGUGCGAAGGAAGUGAGUUCAGCAAGGCCGUGAGAGGCAAGGAGGCGCGCGCGCGCACGCACGCACGCACGCACGCACACCAGCCUACUGCGCGCACAAACGCACACACACUUCUCAGCCUGCGAAGCGUGGCCCACCCUCCGCUGCGGGCAACGUGUUCUCCGCCACCGGCUCCCGAACGACGACCCCGGCGGGACGUCCGGCUCCCCCCCACGGGGUCUUCGGAGCAAAACAAAAGACCUUUCUCCUCCGCCGCCCCCCUCGUCGCUACGGCGUACGGGAACCAUACUAAAGUAAAGCGUGUGCUGUUUGUGUGUCUCUUUGGCAAACAGCAGCCGGCUUGGAAAAUGGGGGUGGGGAUGCUGAAGGCAAACCGCAGUCAUUGAUGUGGCGCAGCGCCCCCUGCAGACCAUCUUGGCCUUGUUGGUGAAGUAACGGCAGUCUCUCUCUCUGUCUCUCACACGCACACGCACGCUCACAGACACGGGCUGCGCUUCUCCACUAGGUGAGGGGUCGCGCACGCUUUGUGUCCUCGUCCCCAAAGUCGCCCGCUGGAGCAACGGGGAGACGGCGAAAGACGAGCAGCCGUUGCAGCGAGACGCGUUUCUCCUCUUUUCCGCAAGCCUCGGUGACCUGAAGCGACCCCCCGCGGGAGGCUCUUCUCUGGGAUUCGACUGCCCCCCAGCGGCAGCCUGGCGCUGAAGAUGAUGACCUCGCUGGUCACAAACCUUCUUGCGAGAAGGAGGACGAGUUGUUAACCCGGCUAAAUGUGGACUCGAUGCUCUCGUGGAGCACAGCAGCCUCACGGGCCUUGUAACGGUGGGCAGCUGGUCUCGGUGGGGGUCACUGGGGUCAUUCAGACCAGCGGCGCAGUUUUAGCCAAAAUAAAAAGUGAAGACCUGUAAAAAGGGUCUGAAAAUUCACCUCUUCCAGACCCGCUUUGCCCAUCAUGUCUUCAAUUCACGAAAGGUAUAAAUGUUCGCGAUUAUGUUCGGAUCAAUCUAUUACACAGCUACUCCUGCAAUGUAAC